AUCGUCCUAUGUCUCUUUCACGCCUUAUGAGAUCUAUAAAUUCGUCUAUUUAUUUCAGUGACGAUGUUCAUCUCACUAUAAACUUAGAUCGAAGUGCUGAUCCUGUCACUGUAAAAUUUAGCCAAAUAUUAAAAUGGCCUUUUGGACAAAAAAGCAUUCGAUACCGCAUACAACAAGGCGGUUUGAUUAAUGCCGUGGUGGAAUCUUAUAAUCCUACUACAAAUGAUGAUUACGCUAUAAUAUUAGAAGUUUCUCCAUUCUACUAUAUAUGGGCAAAAUACACUGUCUUAAAAUAUAGAUAUGAUACUAAUCGAAAUUUAGUCGCAUUAUUUUUCCCUGAAAUAUGGCGUGAAUUUCAGCAUUAUUUGAGUUCUAGAUUAACUGACCUUUUUG